AGCCCUGGUUGUCAGGACUACGGAAGAGCGGAGCUGGUGACAGUCCGCAGCUCCUCGCGGCGAUUCCGCAGCCCCUGCACUCCUGCCUACUCGGUCCAAGGUUUCCGCCUCCCUGAGAGAAAUUGCCACGUCCUGGGGGUUCUGGGGAAGAGAUGAACCCGCUCCGAGUCUGUCCCCGAGCGGUUUUCUCGUUUGUUCCCUGAGCUCCUCAGCUGACCUGAAGAUUAGCUUUUCCCAUCUGUAAAGUGGGGCCAUUCACCCUACUGUGUGCAGAACCCUCGGACGUCCUUCGGAGCGGUCGGUAUAACUGAACACCGAAGAGAGGGGUGUCCAAAGGAGGCUUUGCUCGGGCCCAAAGGAGAGAGCAGCCCCUCAGCCCCGCUAGCAGCCCGGGAAGACUUCAACGAAGAGCCUUCAGCUGGGUCUUGCAGGAUGAAUAGGAACUCACCAAACAGGAAGGAAUAUGGGGCUUUUUGAGCUUAGAAGUGAGGUGACCCUCAGGUAGCAGCAGGUGAUUUGUAUCAAUAAAGAAUCCACACAAGAUAUGCUGAUGGUAAUGAGGUUCGGGAUUGGAGACCUUGCCUCCACAGGGACUAAUUUUCUGGCUUUUCAGAUGAUGGCAGGUAGCUUGAAGUGUGAGCAUGAAAGAAAGUGGCAGCCCUAGGCCUUGAACGUGAUCACCAUCAACCCUCUCUGCCUUUAUGUUGGCUGGGCACUUGACCUCAUUCCCUCUCGCAGACUCUUAAGAGGCCACUUCAGGACACAGCACAACAGCGUGGGGGCUGUGGAACCCUUAGCCCACACCCAGGACUUCUGUCACUGCUCAUGCUGGUUUGGCCAAAAGACCCUUUUGAGAACAGAGGCCACCGCCAAGUGAGAAGCACCUGUUUUCCGUCAACUCCCUGGAAAUUUGUAAGGAGAGACUCCAGGAAGCUGCUCCUAGCACCUCUCCCCACUACGGUUUUACCUUGAUAUUUUUCGUUAUAAAUUACUGACAGGGACCACAGCUCUGCCAGUGUCUUGGGUCUUUGUAGUCUUCCCACUGAGCAGGCGCUAAGCAUUUCUCUGUGUGGUGGUACACUCAACCUUCAGUUUUGCCCGCUGACUUCGUGUUCCCUAAUGAAAGAGAAUUGCGUCCAUCGUCUUCCUGGUGACUGUAGGCACACAGUAGUUCCUAUAGAUGGACGAGGGUCCUGAUGAGGCCCCGGGGGAAGUGUGCUUCUGUUCUGAAGAUCACGUUUCUCAAGUGUGCUCAGUGCUCAGCAUGCGGCAUCCUACUGAAUACUCCCAAGCCCAGUUAUGACUUGAGAACAUGGGAUGAGAGUUGACCUAAAGUCCUGAGGCCUGUUGAGUGACUUUUAGGGACUUGGCAGCCAAAGAGUUCCUGACCUCUCAGAGGAGGGACAGUCGAGGAUGGAGUUGGCCUGUGUAACCAGGGAAACCUGUUUCUGGGGUGUGUGGAUGGGAGUGCGCGGAUCUUUGAUAGAGGAAACGAAGGAUUUUGUGCAGCUGUUGAAACUGUAAGGCACAGUGCAUGUGGUGGCUGCCGGGGUUGGGCUGCUGCUGCAGAGGAGUUCACUGUGGGAGAGAAGACGGGCUUGGCUGCACAGAAUAGCAAAGGGCUGCCAGCCGCAGGCACUCCCGGAACAGGAACUACAAGGCAGAGCUGGCCUCAUGCAGAUUGGAGACGGUGCCUCUGGAGUGUGGGGACUACCACCCGCUGAAGCCCAUCACUGUCACCGAGUCAAAAACAAAGAAGGUGAGCCGGAAGGGAAGCACUUCGUCCACAUCCUCCUCCUCAUCCAGCUCCGUGAUCGACCCUCUGAGCAGCGUCCUUGAUGGCACAGACCCCCUCUCCAUGUUUGCAGCCACCUCAGACCCUGCAGCCACAGCGACAGUCACAGACAGCUCCAGAAAGAAACGGGACAAGGAUGACAACUCCUUUGUGGGACCUGACUUUGAGCCCUGGGCCAACAAACGGGGAGAAAUCCUUGCCCGGUACACGACUACGGAGAAGCUGUCAAUUAAUCUGUUUAUGGGAUCAGAAAAAGGCAGAGCUGGGGCUGCGGCUUCCGCCAUGUCAGAGAAGGUUCGGACACGCCUGGAAGAGCUGGAUGACUUUGAGGAGGGGUCCCAGAAGGAGCUAUUGAACCUGACCCAGCAGGACUACGUGAACCGCAUAGAGGAGCUCAACCAGUCCCUGAAGGAUGCCUGGGCCUCGGACCAGAAAGUGAAGGCUCUGAAGAUUGUCAUCCAGUGUUCAAAGUUGCUGUCAGACACGAGCGUUAUUCAGUUCUAUCCAAGCAAAUUUGUCCUUAUCACCGACAUCCUUGAUACGUUCGGAAAGCUGGUCUACGAGCGCAUCUACUCAAUGUGUGUGGACAACCGAAGCGCCUUGCCAGAUCACUUUUCCCCAGAGAACGUGAACGACACAGCCAAGGAAACAUGCCUGAAUUGGUUUUUCAAGAUUGCUUCCAUCCGGGAACUCAUUCCGAGAUUUUACGUGGAAGCAUCCAUCCUGAAGUGUAACAAAUUCCUCUCCAAAACGGGGAUUUCAGAGUGCCUGCCCCGACUGACGAGCAUGAUCAGAGGGAUCGGGGACCCACUCGUGUCCGUGUACGCCCGGGCCUAUCUGUGUCGGGUGGGGAUGGAAGUGGCCCCGCACCUCAAGGAAAGCCUCAACAAGAACUUCUUUGACUUCCUGCUUACAUUUAAACAGAUUCACGGAGACACGGUCCAGAACCAGCUGGUGGCCCAGGGUGUGGAGCUGUUGUCCUAUCUCCCUCUGUACUCGCCCGCCAUGGGUUGGAUCUUUCAGUGUGUCUCCUACCAAGCCCCUGAGGCUUUGCUGACGGAGAUGAUGGAGAGAUGUAAAAAACUAGGCAACAAUGCUUUGCUCUUGAACUCCGUGAUGUCAGCUUUCAGGGCUGAGUUCAUUGCCACCAGGUCUAUGGACUUCAUUGGCAUGAUCAAAGAGUGCAACGAGUCUGGCUUCCCCAAGCAUCUCCUUUUCCAUUCACUGGGACUGAACUUGGCCUUGGCUGAUCCUCCUGAGAAUGAUCGACUUCAGAUUCUCAAUGAAGCUUGGAAAGUCAUCACUAAGUUGAAGAAUCCUCAGGACUACAUUAAUUGUGCUGAAGUAUGGGUAGAGUACACCUGCAGGCAUUUCACGAAACGAGAAGUGAACACCGUUUUGGCUGACGUCAUCAAGCAUAUGACUCCGGAUCGAGCAUUUGAGGAUUCCUACCCCCAGCUUCAGUCAAUAAUUAAGAAAGUCAUAGCCCACUUCCACGAUUUCUCCGUGCUCUUCUCAGUGGAAAAGUUUCUACCAUUUCUGGACAUGUUCCAAAAAGAGAGUGUGCGGGUGGAGGUUUGCAAGUGCAUCAUGGAAGCCUUUAUCAAGCACCAUCAGGAGCCAACCAAGGACCCCGUCAUCCUGAAUGCCCUAUUGCACAUUUGCAAGACCAUGCAUGACUCUGUGAACGCUCUCACGCUGGAGGACGAGAAGCGGAUGCUGGCCCACUUGAUCAAUGGAUUUAUAAAAAUGGUCUCCUUCGGCCGUGAUUUUGAACAGCAGCUCAGCUUUUAUGUUGAGUCCAGGUCGAUGUUUUGCAACCUGGAACCUGUUCUUGUGCAACUGAUCCAUAGUGUGAACCGGCUGGCAAUGGAAACAAGAAAAGUCAUGAAGGGGAACCACUCCAGAAAGACGGCUGCAUUUGUCCGGGCCUGCGUUGCCUACUGCUUCAUCACCAUUCCAUCCCUGGUGGGCAUCUUCACCCGCCUCAACCUCUACCUGCAUUCUGGUCAGGUUGCCUUGGCCAACCAGUGCCUCUCCCAAGCUGAUGCGUUUUUCAAAGCUGCCAUUGGCCUCAUCCCAGAAGUCCCAAAGAUGAUAAGCAUCGACGGGAAGCUGCGGCCGUCGGAGCCCUUCCUCCUGGAGUUCCUGUGUAAUUUCUUCUCUACUUUAUUGAUUGUGCCGGAUCAUCCAGAACACGGAGUCCUGUUUCUGGUUCGAGAACUUCUCAACGUGAUCCAGGACUACACCUGGGAGGACAAUAGUGACGACAAAAUCCGAAUCUACACCUCUGUCCUGCACCUGCUGUCUGCCAUGAGCCAGGACACCUAUCUUUACCACAUAGACAAAGUUGACUCCAAUGACAGCCUGUACGGGGGAGACUCCAAGUUCCUGGCUGAGAACAGCAAGCUCUGCGAGGUGGUGAUGGCUCAGAUCCUGGAGCACCUGAAAAUCCUGGCCAGGGACGAGGCCCUGAAGCGCCAGAGCUUGCUGGGCCUCUCCUUCUUCAAUAGCAUCCUGGCCCAUGGGGACCUUCGUAACAACAAGCUGAACCAACUCUCUGUCAACCUGUGGCACCUGGCUCAGAGGCACGGCUGUGCAGACACAAGGACCAUGGUGAAGACUCUGGACUACAUCAAGAAGCGGAGCAAACAACCCGACAUGCAUCAUUUGACGGAGCUGGCCCUGAGGCUCCCUCUGCAAACCAGGACCUGAGUACUUGCCCUUGGGGGCCCCAGUGCCACUGUCCUGGAAGACCUACUUGGCUGCCACUAACUCCUGGAAUUUAGUUUUUGUUAUUUUUACUUUUAUACAGAUUGAUUUAAAGCUUUUGCCUUCUGACAGCAGGUGUGUGGAAAGUGGGGGGGAGUUGACAGAGCAUUAAAAUUCAGUCUUGUUCUUCAGAUA